CCCUCCCCUCCAAACCCCCAUCGUGAGCUUUCCCGCUUCCGCCCGGCGCGCGUGGGGCCUGGAGCGUGGCAAGGGAGCCCCGCUCUGCGCUGGCGAACGGCGUGGGCCGUGACGUCACCGCGCUCUGACGUCGGGCCGACGUGCAGCAUGGUCUCCCGGGAGACCGGGAAAGCCGUUCGCACUCGGAGUCGAGGUCUAGAACUCAUAUUUUGGGAAAUUAUGGAUCGUCACAUCCCCAUGCAUGCAUUACCUGAAGAAAUCCAAAAGAUGUCUCCUGAAGAAAAAGUUUGUAAGUACUGUGGAGUCAGCUAUCUUAUUCUUCAUGAGUUUAAGGCUAUGGAAGAAAAAGUGAAAGUGAUGGAAAAAGAGAUGAAAUUUUAUCAAGGAAGCAUAGACCGUGAAAAGAGACUUCAAGAAAAGCUACGGUCUCUUGGUCAAGAUUUUGAACAGUACAGAAUUGACAGUGAAUCCAAAACAGAAAGAAUUCAAGAUGUAAGCAUGCAGUUAAAAAGUCAACAAUAUGAAUUUCAGAGAGUACAGAAAGAAUUGAAUCAUUUGCAACAUGAAUUAAAAAUUAAGCAGAGACAAUCACAAGUAUUCAGUCAAAGAUUGGUGGAGUACAGAUAUUUCUGGAAUACGACUCUUUCAUUACUUACUUUUACUAAAAGAGAGCUAACCAGUAUUAAAAAUGAAGUAUAUGAUAAUUUUCAAAACUGGACUUCACUGAAAGGAGAAGUUUUUCUACAAAUUAAAUCCAUAAGUGAAACAGCCUUGACAGAAAUAGAGAUACUAAAGAAAAGUUUGACAGUGUCCCAGAGAAAUAAGAUAUGCCUUGAAGAGGAAAUGAAAAAUCUGAAAUUGUUGUCAGAUGCAGCCAUGUUGAGGUCUCAGCAGAUUCAGACAUCCAAACAACAGGAAGUAAACUUGCAAACCAGAUGCCAUGACUUGCAAAAAGAAGUACUAGAUUUACAAUGUCAAGUAGAGGCACUUGGGCUAAAUCUUCAGAAGGCAAUGACCAAGAUUGACAACUAUAAAGCAAAGCUCAUGAAUAAAUCUAAUGAAGCUGAUGACUGUCAAAGAGAACUUAGAAAACUGAAGUUUGAAUCCAUUAUUUCUGAGUCACGGCAUACCAGAUUGCUUAAAGAGAAAGAGGAUUCUUUAAUGGCUUGUCAACAAAUACAUAAAACUUUACAGGAAGAACUGACUGCAAAAGAAAGGCAGGAAGAAGACAUAAAAAGAAGAAUUAACCUUGCAGAAAAUGAACUACAGAUAACCAAAACUCUUCUGACUCAGACAAAGGAAGAGGUUGUAACACUGAAAAAUGAAAGGGAAUUAAUGCUGAUUUCACAUCAGAAAAGCAUCGAACAGCUGCAGGAAACCCUUAGACAGAAGCUGCUGAACGAUGAUAACUGGAGAGAGAAGAUUGAAGCUGAGCUGGCCAAGGAAAGAGCUCGACAUUUAGUUGAAUUUGAGGAGCAAGCUCUGCUUUUUAAGGAAGAAGCUAGGCUAGAACUUGAUAUUGAAAAGGAAAAACACCAAGAAAUAAUCCAAAAGUAUAAGAAAGAACAAGAGGAACUACAAACGAAGAUAUCUGACUUAAUCGCAAGCGCUACUAGAGAUCUAAGGCUGGAAGUGACCGCUCUUGAAGAAAAACUCCGUGAAUCUUAUAUCCGGUAUACUGAAGAUUCUGAGUCAAAGGAGAAAGAAAUCGAAAACCUUAAAAAUGUGGUUGCAGAAUUUGAAUCCCGCUUGAAGAAGGAAAUUGAUAGUAAUGAUUCUGUUUCAGAGGACUUGAGGAAGGAAAUGCAGCAGAAGUCAGAUGAGCUAGAAAGAGUAAUGCUGGCACAAACACAACUGAUACAGCAGUUUAACCAGUCCCAGGAACAGAACACUUUUCUUCAGGAAACAGUGCGAAGGGAGUGCGAAGAACGCUUUGAACUGACAGAGGCUUUGAGUCAAGCCAGAGAACAGCUUCUGGAGCUCAGGAAGCUCAGUGGAAGUUCACCUUUGUCACCAUGUUCCCUUAACCAGGGCAGCCUAACCUCCUCUGCUGCCGUGGUCAGUAAUCAGGGAGAGAGAAGCCUUACAAGACUGAACUCUGGAAAAGGAAUCAAAAUCCCCAGCCUGCACGGAGUGGCAAAACCCACUGCUUCCCCAACCUUGGCUCAGUCCCAGAGGCUCAGCAGCUCAGGUUUGCCCACUGUGCCCCAACCCCAUCCUCCCAGGGGUCGAGCAUCAUCAGUAAAUGAGACCAGACAAAGGCUGGCUGCCAUUCUGCGGAGGAGACUGAGCCAGCAGUGAUUGGUCCGGUCAGGAACAGCUCCACACAGCACACUCGGUCUUCCCCAGUGGGCCAGAGAUGCACUGUGACUGAGGGUGACAAAGGCCAAAUUAUUAUCACAGAUCAAGAAUGCACGGUUAUAGAUAUUUUUAAUAGCAUAAUUGGAAAAACUAGGAAUUGUGAAGCCACAUUUUCUAAGAGACCUUUGAAAUUGCCACAGAUAAUGACGUUGCUGAUAUUCCAGAGGGCCAGUUUCUAUACUUCUAUAUUGCAUGUUUAGAUGUGUUCUAUGAAUAUGCCCUUUUAGAGAUCACAGGUAAAAUUUUUCACUCAUGGCAUCUUUGCUAUUUUUUUGCACCAUUACAAGCAGAUAUAUUUCCACAAAAAAUAGAUUGUAUUCGUUCUGUCUGUUUUUGUUCCUUUGUUUGUUGAGCUGAAUAGGCUAAAUAGAUGUAAUUCAUAUUCCAAAUAGAAAAUGGAAGUACUUUAGUCCUAAAUGGGAUAAUUUCCAAAAUGUUUAGUUCAAAUAUUCACAGAAUUCAUCAUCUUCAUAGAAACCUUCUCUUUUUCAUCUCACAAUCUAAUUGGUUAAUCCAAUUUCUUUUUAGGCCAGAAGUAAAGAUAGGUACCCUUCAAGAAGGCAGUCUUCCCUGUGAACCUGGGACCUUCUAAGAAAAGGGACAGCAACUCCAAUUCAAGGAAAAGGUGGUUUACUUUUCAAACUAUAGAGAUUAUUUAAAAAAAAAAAAAACAAAAACAAAUGAACAAACAAAAAACAAAGAGCCUGGCUGACCAUGAAAAUAUUACUUGGUAGAGAUUUUCUACAUUGAAUGCUUUUUGGUAAUCACUGUUGGAUUUUUAUUUGAACUUGUAUCCUUCAACCAUUGGGAAAAGAACUAAUUCAAGACUGUUCUAUAGUCACAUAGUGCUAAUUUGGGGUUUGCAUUUUAUUACUCCCCAAGAUAGGCAACUGGUUAACAUAUUUUCUAUUUUUAGAGUGAAAAAUUAAAACCAGCAACCAAAACCAACUAUUUUAAGUUAUAGAUCUUCAGGCCCCUCCUGUUUCUUAAAACACAUCUCUUUACCUUAAGCUAAAGUUUGUCAGACUGAAAUGUAUUUUUCUUUCAAGACUGACUUUACUUAAAUCCUUCAUCUGACUCUAUCAGGGACAUCCAGGCUUCUUGCUCCCAGAUGAGGAUAUAGUAACACAUGUGAAAUAUGGCACGUAAAACUCUCUUCUAUUUGGCUGUCAUAUUGAUGAGAGAAUCCAAAGGUACUGGGAAUCCUUCCCAUCUGAAAAAAAAAAAAAAAAAGUAAAGCUACUAAGUAAAUUCAGGUUUAUGUCUAAUCUUUCAAAGGAUUAGUCUAGUCUACCAGUAGAGUGUUUUCCUGAAUAAAUAAAUAAAUAAAUACGUAAAUAAAUUCCACAUUAGUUCUGCUGAUUUCCCUGACUCGUUGAAGUGAGUACAUCUUGUGUUAAGUCUUAGAAUGUUGCAUUUUGCUUUACAGAGAUCAGUAUUCCUUAUAAUGGCAUUUGAAAAGAGAACAAAACAUCAUAGAAUGGUGACCCCCAACCAUCUCUUUCCAAAUAAGGAAUAGAUGCCCAAAGAAGUCUGACUUGGCUAAAGCAGCACAGCUAAUUAGUGACAGCUAAAACCAGACCACUUUUAACCGACCCCAACUUUCCACCUCGUUUUUCCACUCAUCACAUUGGCCAGCCUCCAUCAUGACAGAAGCUCUAAAUAGUAUUUACCCAAUAUUUUCUUUAAAUGCACUCACUUUUUAAACUUAAAGUUAUAUAAGAAGAAAACUUGACCCAAAAAAGAAUAACUGUAGAGUAAUGAGUUUGAUUUGCUAGGUGUAUUUUUUCUAAUACACUAAAAUAAAUGUGUAUCUAUUAAAAUAUGAAAUGUUAAUGUACCCCCGAAAAUCAUCUUGUAUAAUGACAGUAGUACUCAUGCCACACUUUGGGAACCUCAGUGUUUCUGAUCUGGCAUUUGCAUGUUUAUUGCAAGUACCGGUGACAUAAGGUAGAUGGCAAAAGCUAGUGAAAACUUUAGUAAAAGUAUACAAGAAUAUUUGGGGCAGCAGUCUUUGUCAUCAGAUGAUACAUGUUUUUCCAAGUCUCGCAAUUUCAGCUAUCUUCCCAGGAGCCAUAGGGAUAUAUUUUUCCCAAAAUAUGAACAGAUUUAAAUUUGUGAAGAAAGUCACACAUAAGCUUUUCUAAAGCGAUGUAAAGACCAUCAGUGCAAAACCUGGUUUCUUGGUUUGCUGUUACAUUCUUGCUUUAUAAUGAGUAAUUAUGUAAAUAAUCUUUCUGAGAAUAGAAUCAGGAUGUGCAGUAUGGCUGUGUUAUAUUCCACAAGUAUAUUAGAAAGGUAAUUCCGUGGAUAACAGAGAGACAAUAUUUACAUUUGUUUCAGACUAGACCACUUGAAUGGUGCCAUCUAAGCUAUGUGCUGGUAUCUUUUAAAGAAAGACGAAGAAAAGAGAAUCACAUUAGCGUAUGUAAAGAGGGGGGUUAAUAACACAAACUUUCCUUGAUCUUCUCACUGAUGAGCUAACUCCUACCAUGAAACAGUAUCAGGAAUGUUAAGGAAGUAGUGACUACUAUAGCAAAACACUAAAGCUCUCAAAUGCAUAUAAUGGAUAUUAAUUUAAGUCUAUUAGUUUUAAUUUCUCUCUAUAUAUAUGUUUUCCAUGACCUCAAUGGAAGGAUUGGUAGGUGCAAAAAGAAAAGAAUACCACAGAAAAUACUCCUCACAGAAUUAUACCAUAUUUGUUUUUUCUUCUUAAACUACUAUUGAUAGACAAAGAUGGGAGAAUUCUUUAGUUAACAUAGAUUUCUCAAGUAAUUUUUGAAAGUCUUAUUGAAUUAAAUUACCAUAUUUAUACUUAGUCAGAAUUACUUAAAAGUUAUAUUUCCUGGCAAUGGAAUUGACUAGAAGAGGCAUUGAUGUUGAAAAUUAUGUAAAACUGGGGAGCCUGGGUGGCUCAGUCGUUGAGCAUCUGCCUUCGGCUCAGGUCAUGAUCCCAGGGUCCUGGGAUUGAGCCCCACAUCGGGCUCCCUGCUCAGCAGGAAACCUGCUUCUCCCUCUCCCACUCCCCCUGCUGGUGUUCCCUCUCUCGCUGUGUGUCUCUCUGUCAAAUAAAUAAAUAAAAUCUUAAAAAAAAAAAAAGAAAAUGAUGUAAAACUAAGAUUUUUUUGAUGUUCUGUCAGUCUGAAAAGUUUUUGUAAUAUUACAGAUCAAUUAUAGCUAAUUUCUUUGAUUAUGGAACAAAUUUUCUCAAGCUUUAUCUUAUAAGGUUCUUACGAUUAUUAUAAUGCACUGAUAGAGCAACCUAGCAACCCAAAAGGGUUAGUGCACUGGAGCUGAAAAUUCCUGACCAUCAUGUUGUAUUUAAUGGAGCACAGGAAAGCAAUUUAAUAUGUGCCCAAAGUUCACAAAUCCUACAAUGAUUAUAGGUAUGUGCGCUAUACCUUGCACAAGACACCUUUUAUGGUCCCCAAGCCAUGAUAGACAAUAAUAGCAGCAUUCCUAAGGUGGUGUCUAUGGUAUCUUCAGGAAGAAAUUCUACUUUUCCUUUUGAAAAUAUUAACCCUAUAUAGCGAUAAAUUGUGAAGCCAAUAUAAUGAGGUUGCAUCUUUAGAAUCUUAAAUAUAAGUUAUGUCAUCUUGGUUUAUUCUUAAUUCACACAUAAAACCUUCUUGACAACACAGUAGUUGAAUCUGAAACACACAUAUCCUAUGACAAUAUUUACCAUGAUCCAGAAAGUCAAAGGAUUUCGUUCUCCAGCAUUCAUAUAGCAUAGUGUUUUAUAUCCAUUAAGUGAGUAAAAAAAUUUACUGGACAUCCUUUACACCCACCCCAAAAUAUAUAAGGAAUACUGUGUCACAGAGAUUAAGUAAUUUAUCCAAAAGAAAUACUAAUUAAGACCAAGGAAUAAUUUUAAAACUUGUACAGUUUCUGAGCAUCUUGAUCUAUAGAAUAAUAGUGAAGCUGUAUUAUACAUUCACUCAUUUCUUCCACAGAUACAGAGAAUUGAAAAAGCACUGUGAGAGUUACAAUAAUGAAGACAGACUACAGAUUCCCAAGAACUGUAUAGUAGAGAGUGAGAGGAAGCACAUACAAAAAUUGUAACAUAGGGCAGUAGAUGUUGAGAAGAGUCAAAAGCAAGGUGUUACAUGAAUUCAACUUCUUGCUGGAAGAAUCAGGGAACAUUUUAAGCAAGAAUUGGUGUUUAUCAUAGGUCUUAAAGAAUUGGUAGGGUUUUAUAGAAGAAGGUAUAUCAGAUAGAAGAGAUGUAUAAAGAGGCACAGAUAUGAGAAGGGUAGAAAAUACCUGGUGAAGGGAAGUAGUGGGAACCCCAUAGCAUGAAGGUGUUGAAUAAAGGCCUUUGCAGCAUUUUGACUAGAAGAGGCAUGCACUUUGUUGAAAUCUGGCAGGGCUUGAUAGGAAUAAUUAUGGAGUGGAAAGACUGGAGAUGGAACACAAGUUGGUAGAUUAGUACAAUAGUUCAGACAAGAGUUACAUUGAAGUUGUGAGUUGAUAACGGAAAUAAACCGGAAGGAGCUGACUCCAAAUCUAGUCAGAGAAGGGAAAGAAUUUGUUCCCUGUUAUAUAUAUUUUGAAACUGUUACUAGUGAUUGCCCCUUAGCAGGGGUGCAGUGUAUGAGAUU